CAACUGGCUACAGAGCUUAUUCAAGGAAUUGCGAAAGAAUCAUAUCUCCGCUGACUGCGUGAAAGCAUCACAAAUCUGCAGCUUAUUCUGCUAGGGCAUUUCAGAUACUUUUUCGAUUUUGUCCCAGUUAGAUCGUGUAUGAAGUGCGUGCCCAGAUUAUCAGACAGUGCAGUCUUUGCUUUAUCGAGGAAUACAGAGGUUGACUUUCAGGGGAUUCUAAAGGCUUUUAAAGAUGACCACCUCAUGGAGCGAUAGACUGCAGAACUAUGCAGACCUGCCUGCCAACAUGGAUGGCCUGGCCAUGAAGAAGUACCGCAGGGAGGCCUACCAUAGAGUGUUCGUGAACCGAAGCCUGGCCAUGGAGAAGAUCAAGUGCUUUGGCUUCGAUAUGGACUACACUCUAGCAGUGUACAAGUCUCCUGAAUAUGAGUCCCUGGGCUUUGAGCUAACUGUGGAGCGGCUUGUGCACAUCGGAUACCCCCAGGAGCUGCUUAGUUUCGUCUACGACCCGGCUUUCCCUACAAGGGGCCUGGUGUUUGACACCAUGUACGGGAACCUGUUGAAAGUGGAUGCAUAUGGCAACAUCUUGGUGUGUGUCCAUGGCUUUAAUUUCCUGCGAGGACCUGAAAUUCGGGAGCUGUACCCGAACAAGUUCAUCCAACGCGACGACACCGAGCGCUUCUAUAUCCUCAACACUCUGUUCAACCUGCCAGAGACCUACCUCUUUGCCUGCCUCGUGGACUUCUUCUCAAACUGUGACAGAUAUGCGAGCUGUGAGACGGGCUUUAAAGACGGCGACCUCUUCAUGUCCUUCAAGAGCAUGUUCCAGGACAUCCGCGACGCCGUCGACUGGGUCCACUUCAAGGGCACCUUGAAGCAAAAGACAGUAGAGAACCUUGAGAAGUAUGUAGUGCGAGAUGCAAAGUUGCCUCUCCUCCUGAGCAGAAUGAACGAAGUAGCCAAGGUGUUCUUGGCCACCAACAGUGACUACAAAUACACCCACAAAAUUAUGACCUACCUGUUUGACUUCCCACACGGCCCAAAGCAUGGCACUCCCCACCGGCCGUGGCAGUCCUACUUCGACCUGAUUCUGGUGGAUGCCAGGAAGCCUCUGUUCUUCGGUGAGGGAACGGUGCUCAGACAGGUCGACACAACAACCGGGAGGCUGAAGAUCGGGACAUAUACUGGACCCCUGCAGCAUGGCAUUGUGUAUUCCGGAGGUUCUUCAGACAUAGUGUGUGAUCUGCUCGGCGCCAAGGGGAAGGACAUUGUCUACAUCGGCGACCACAUCUUCGGGGACAUCCUCAAGUCCAAGAAACGCCAAGGUUGGAGGACCUUCCUGGUCAUUCCCGAGCUGGCUCAGGAGCUACACGUCUGGACCGACAAGAGCUCGUUAUUCGAGGAACUGCAGGGCCUGGAUAUUUUCCUGGCCGAGCUCUAUAAGCAUCUGGACAGCAGUAGUAAUGAGAGGCCAGACAUCAGUGCUAUCCAGAGGAGGGUCAAGAAAGUGACCCAUGACAUGGACAUGUGCUAUGGGAUGAUGGGCAGCCUGUUCCGCUCCGGCUCCAGACAGACUCUGUUUGCCUCCCAGGUGAUGCGCUACGCCGACCUGUACGCUGCCUCCUUCAUCAACCUCCUGUAUUACCCAUUCAGCUACCUGUUCAGGGCCGCGCACGUUCUGAUGCCCCACGAGUCGACGGUGGAGCACGCCCACGUGGACACGGACACGGAGUCGCCGCUGGCGACGCGCAACCGACACUGCAACGACUGCAAAGACCUGGAGUGUGGCUUCAACAAGAACCGUAGCCAGCUGACCCGGUCCCUCAGCGAGGUUAAACCGCCCAACAUGUUCCCCCCGACACCCCUGGAGAUCACCCACUGCCACGAUGAAGACGACGACGAGGAAGAGGAGGAGGAGUAGACGCAGAGACGAAGGAGGUGUGACAGCCUGAACCUAGACAGGCUUGAUUCCUGCCGAGUAGGAGAGUGGAACUGAAAAACAGGCUUGAUUCCUUCCCAUAUUUCCCUAAGGGAGUUUAGAUUGUAUCUUAAGAGAGGUUAUGGGGUAUGAUGUACUCUAUAGUCCAUGUUGGAGUCAAUGUUGGACUUUUAGGGGGGGUGGGGGGGUUGAAUGGAAAUUGUAUUGGAGAUUUAUAGAGAGAGAAAUGUUAUUACUUUUUUACUACAGAUGUAUGAGGAGAUUUUAUGAAUUGUUGAACUGUGUGAGUGACUACAGUAAUGGUUGCUUCUCAGUUCUCAAAUCACUGCCACCCUGCCCCUAAAAGCUUUUUAAUAGUUCUGUUUUUCUAUACAUUUUUAUGACGACUUGAGAAAAGGUUGACUUGGAGUCUUUUUCUUUUUUUUUUACAGGUUAUCAUGUUGUAGCAAAAGGCGUAAAUACAAAACAGCAGAUAUCACACUUUUCCUAACAUUGACAUUACCCAGUAUCUGGUCGAAGAUAAUAUUUUAUUCUAUCCCAUUCUUCUUCUGUUUAGUGUGUUAACAUCACAAUGUAGUUUGAAUUGAAGAAAUUAUACGGUUGUUCUGUUUCUAACCAUACAGUACAGAAGCAGAUAAACUAGCAUAUCAAGCAUCAUGGGAAUCAGUCAUGGUCCAAUUUGUUUGCGUUUUUCUUUUCUUCCUUUGUUCCUUUAUUGUUUUGCUAUUAUAAUUUUUCUAAAGAAUAAUUCCUUCCGCUGUGACUCUGAAAAGCACAGCCUGGCCAAUCGAUAGAUAAGUUGUCGAUAUGACAAGUGGUGGUGACCGAGGUAUCCAUAACUGUACCAAAGCACAGCGUUGUCUAUGUUUGGGUUGGACAAGGCACAAGUCCAGUUGUGGGGAAACCAAUUGUUUAUUUUGAGUUGAUAGGAAAUGUACCUAUUGUAGGUAUGGAUCACAUCAUGUAGACCUGGAUUCUCUGCGGCUAAUUUCAACUGAACUUUUUUUGAAAUCCCGGAGCUGUGUUUCUAGGCAACUGUGCAUACUGGCUACAAUAUGCUGUAUCCAUACAGAUGAGCUCCAUGGCAAUUGUGAAAUAGGCCUAAUGCUACAGCAUAUGUUAGCUAUAUAAGCUAAGGAGAGGCUUUGUUUUACUGUUAUCAUACUAGAUAAUGCUGUUAAAGUAACUUACCGUGCAAAAUCCUUUAUUUUACUUUAGACCUCUCCUGUAUAUGUGUGAGACAUUGAGAACUGCAACUUGGUUACACACUGUGCAGCUGAUAUGCCGUGUCUUUUCUUUCCUUUUUGGUACACAACUUUAAGUUGUUUGUUUUCUGGGUUGUGAGAGAGAUGGUAUAGUUAUAUCCAUCAUCCUAUUCACCUCCACCGAACUGUUCUAUUCAGUGUUUCUCUAGAACAACAUUUGGGUUUUUCUCUUUCCACCUGGUAGAGAAUCACUCUUUCCUAGUGCCCAGGAGAGGAUGAAGAAUAGAAUUGUUUCGUCCCUCCAGGACCGGAUUUGAGUGUUUUAGUGCAGUAUGUAAUAGGACCAGACCUGUGUUCAAAGACAAUUCAUGCGAUAGGUGGAGAGUGUUCAUCCUAUCCCAAGCUUCCUCAAGCCCCAAUAAAGUAUGUAAGUGUUCCCAACUGUAAUCCUCAAGUAACCCUAACAGUACAGAUUCUUACUGUAAUCCCAGACAAGUACAACUUGUCGAUUAAUCACUUGAAACAGGUAUGUCCCGGGGCUUCACUUGAAACAGGUAUGUCCCGGGGCUUCACUUGAAACAGGUAUGUCCCGGGGCUUCACUUGAAACAGGUAUGUCCCGGGGCUUCACUUGAAACAGGUAUCUCCCGGGGCUUCACUUGAAACAGGUAUGUCCCGGGGCUUCACUUGAAACAGGUAUGUCCCGGGGCUUCACUUGAAACAGGUAUGUCCCGGGGCUUCACUUGAAACAGGUAUGUCCCGGGGCUUCACUUGAAACAGGUAUGUCCUGGGGCAAGAACAAUCGUGCUGUAGGGGAUCCUUUAGGGCUGCAGUUGUAAAACACUGAAAUAUGUGAAAUAUAUCUGAUAUAGUAUUUGAACCUGUGUUCGAUUCAGGUCUAAUAAGAAUGAGUGGCAAUUUAUAAUAAUAAAAAGACAUUUGUGAAACUUUCAGGUCACGUGGGUUGUGGUAACUUGAGAAUGCAUGGGUGCCAGACAUGAGGAAACAACUCUUCAUCAAGAGGAUGACUAUGUCUGACAGCCCCAGAAAGGAUAGAGAGCCUGGGGCAAUAGACACUGGCUGGCCUCCUGUCCGGCUGGAAUAGACUUGUGGUAGCAGGCCUGCAAUGUAUGGAAUUCCCAUGUGUCUUCAAGGUAUGUUCCCGACUUCUGUCGCUCUGCUCCACUUUAACCAACAAGUUCUUGGAAACUAGAAAAUUACCUCCACAAACCUGAUUGUAAGCAGCAUAUAGGACAGGUCAAAACGUUUUGAGGACUGUCAGCAGUAUCAGAUGUUAAUGCUGUGUACAGUGUGGUUAUCCCUGUUUUUUGAUGGUAGUGUUGCUUGUUGUUUGGGCCAAUAGUGGGUGUCUGUGCAGCCUGGUUGUUUGUGUCUUGGUUCAAUUAGGGAUCUUUAUAACAAUUUUAUCCAGAGUAGUCUGUGAUUUAAAGAGAAACUGUAGAAUGGACAAGUAUAUAUAUUUUUUAUUCAGUUUUUUUUUUUUUUUUUUUUAAAGAACUCGCAAAAGGCAGCUGUGUUCCUCAUAUUGGGCAUUUUUUUUCAAAUUUUU